AUGAGGAGCGGUUCCCUGGAAAGUAUUAUGCAGAAUUUGUUUGAAAAUACUUUCCACAUGCCUUUACGAACAAAAUUAUUAAUUUAUAAAUUAUUCCUUCAAGAUGGUGACCCAAGACAAAACUCUGUUGCGGCGAAGCGGGCCCUUGAUGAUGUCAAUGCGAAACUAUUUUCGAUCCCGCCUAGAAGUCCUGACAUUAACCCUAUUGAGAACUUAUUUCACUUAAUCCAAUCCAAGCUGGACAGAGAUGUGCUGGCCCGAAAUAUAACAAAGGAAACAUUUGAAUGGUUUUCUGAGCGUGUCAAGGAAACCAUGGAGAACUACCCAGUAGACACAAUCGAUAAAAUCAUCGAUUGUAUAGAUGGAAGAAUGACUGAAAUCAUCAAAUGA